UCCUUCCUCCUCCGGCUUCUACUACUCAUAGCAGCCGGACAAUGUAGCCUGAAUCUGACCCAUGCCGCCGGCGGCUGUUGGAAUCUUCUAAGUCCCAGCAUUGGCAUAGUGGCCAUGCACAUGCAACUCCUCCACAACGACCGAGUUGUCAUCUUCGACCGAACCAACUUCGGCCGUUCCAACAUCUCACUGCCAAACGGCAAAUGCCGCAACGACACCAAAGAAAAGGCUUUGAAAACCGACUGUACGGCCCACUCUGUCGAAUACGACGUCGCAACCAACACUAUACGUCCCCUCAUGGUCCUCACCGACUUGUGGUGCUCCUCGGGUGCUGUGAUGCCUGACGGCCGUCUGAUCCAAACUGGCGGAUUAAAUUAUGGAGAACGUGUGGUCAGAAUUUUUGGACCAUGUAGUGACUGUGAUUGGGAGGAAGUAAACGAUGGGUUAACUCAAAAGAGGUGGUACGCCACCAAUCACAUAUUGCCGGACGGCCGGCAAAUCGUCAUCGGUGGGCGGAAACAGUUCACCUAUGAGUUUUAUCCAAAAACUGCUUCAGCUUCAAAACCUUAUUUCUUACGCUUCUUAGCUGACACCUAUGACCGAUACAUAGAGAACAACCUAUAUCCAUUUGUUUUUCUUAAUGUUGAUGGAAAUUUGUUUAUUUUUGCUAAUAACCGAGCUAUAUUAUUCGAUUACUUGAAGGAUGUCGUUGUGAGGACGUACCCGGGAAUCCCCGGAGGCGAUCCUCGGAAUUAUCCGAGCACUGGGUCUUCAGUUCUCCUUCCAUUGAAGGACUUACAGGGACCUCAAAUUGAAGCUGAAGUUUUGGUUUGCGGUGGUGCACCCAAAGGAUCGUUCACCAGCGUGAAUCAAAGUCGCAUGUUUGUCGGGGCUUUGAAUACGUGUGGGCGAAUCAAAAUAACCGACCCGAAUGCCCAGUGGGUCAUGGAGACAAUGCCUCUGCCUCGGGUUAUGGGUGACAUGCUUUUACUACCAAACGGCAACGUAUUAAUCAUCAAUGGUGCGGGGUCUGGUACCGCCGGAUGGGAUAAUGGUCGGUACCCGGUUCUCAAUCCGGUAAUUUACCGGCCCAAUAGCCUUAUUGGGUCUCGGUUUGAGGAACAAAACCCGACCACCAUUCCUCGUAUGUACCACUCAACUGCAAUUUUGUUACGUGACGGGAGGGUUCUUGUUGGUGGUAGCAAUCCUCAUCAAUUGUAUGAGUUUACUGAAGUCCUUUUUCCAACAGAAUUAAGAUUGGAGGCAUUCUCGCCAUCGUAUUUAGAUUCAGAGUCUACAAUUUUGCGUCCGAGUAUUCUUUUGCCCUUUUCUCAAGUUAAGCUCGGCUAUGGACAAAAGGUAGCCAUUUGGUUCACCAUAACGGGUGUACUCAAAGAAGAUUUGAUCUCGGUUACAAUGGUAGCACCAUCAUUCAACACACACUCAUUUUCAAUGCACCAAAGACUAUUGGUGCUUAGUGGAGAGAACUUGGUAAAAAUAGGGGAAACCAUUUAUGUAGUGACAGUGAUGACACCGGGUUCCGUCAAUCUUGCACCUUCCGGAUAUUAUCUUUUAUUUGUAGUUCAUCAAGAAAUUCCUAGUGAGGGUAUAUGGAUUCAGAUACAGUAA